AUGGAGCAGCGUUUUCUCGGCCGCGUGAAGGAGGACUGGAACUCCGCAGACGUGGCGCCAGAGGUCCAGCCUCCACCCAGCGAGUGCUUAGCAGAGUCUGGGCCGUGGCCGCUCCCUUUCUACCCGGUACUGGAUGAGUUCUCAGGCGACCACGAUGAUUUCGGUUGCAAAUUGCUUUCCAGUCCUUGCUGGCGCCUACAUUUUCCCUUCGUGGGAGACCGACUCGGUCCCAGAGCCCCGAGCACCUUGGAACCAAGCCCAGCCCAACUGGCACCGGGAGGAGAGAGGGACCCGGCACCGGAACCCGACGGGCGCCUGCUUCAGCAGCUGGCGUUGGCCAGACCGACCGGGCCCCGCGACAGACAGCAGGACGUCGAGACCCCUGACAGCGGGCCCCCUUCAGAGGACCGGUCUCCUCCUGCCCCCUCUCGGUGGAGCCGCGACGGGCUCGUCUCUGGCUGCUUCGAGUGGAUCGGUCGCACCCUGCGCGCCUUGAGCUGCUGUGGCCGCUGCUGGUCCGUCUUUGGCGCCAAGGAGCCCUUGAUUGCAGCCUGA